UAGCAGUGCAAGGACCACUUGUUGUUUUGGCUCCACGGCUGCAGAUGGCAGUGCAAGGACCAUUAUAAGAAUAUACCCUUUCUCACAUGGGCUUAAGGCAACUUUACCGAUUCUCUUUACAGCUAUGGAGCGAACCUUGAUGGCCGCUCUACAUGCUAAGCUUUGA